AUCUACAUUCUGUGACCUCUGUGAGAACCCUGCCUUUAAAUAGCAAUUUGUGGAAGGGAGAGACAAUAAAACAUAAAUACUUUUACUUGAUUAACUCUGGGAAAGCUCAAAAUGAUUUAGCUCUUCUUGUUAGCAUCAUCCAUCCUGCUUUACCGCUGCGCAAAUGGGAGAGGACCUCCAUAGCUGGGAGGAAAAAGUGUUUUCCUGCAGAAAAUUUUGCUUGCAGAAGACCCUUGUUGGGCCAGUGGAUUAUUUCCUCCAUGCCCAGAGCUGCCCUUACCAAACCAUCUCUUUCCCACCUUUCCUGGGUACCUCUUAAGGCAUUUCUUUGUGCCUUGGAGUAAUAGUGGUGGAUGAGGUGACACAUUUGCUCUCUCAGGUUCAAUAACAGUUUAUUUUCUGCAGCAAUGGUUUGGAAACAUCAGCAGAUGUUGUCCUGCUGUUGCUGCUCAGCUGGACAGGCAGACACCCAUAGUUAAAACAUAAUACAGUGCCCAGUUAUAAUUAGUGUCACUAAUCUAAGUUAGCUAGAAAUAAUUAUAGGCUCAGGAUCAAAACGCGUUUUUAAUUUGCUUUUUGAGCUUUUGCUGUUUUGCAUAGAGAAAACUCACAGGUGUUCCAGAGAAAGCCAGUAGCACGGAAUUGCAGACGCUCACAGGAAUCUUCUGGGUUGAACUGAGCAGUGAUCAUCGGGUCUUUGAGUUAAAUAACAAAAAUAUCAGGCUGCCUACCUCUCCAUCCUCCCAGGUGGCUCACGGUCAGGAACAAGGGCAAAAUUUCUGACAAUCUGUGCUUUGGAGAGCUUCAUUUUUUUCCCUCUGGUAGCCCUGAAUUUCCUUUAGCUGCUUGGGUUGGAUGGGAGAGCUUACAGAUGGCCCUUGCUGAUCGCAGAGGUCCCCCUCUCUAGUUCCUUCUUGCUGGUUGAAAAGGAAAAUGAGGUUGCUUUGCCCAGAUUGGGUGCUUUGGGCAGAGUUCAGCUGCAGCUUUCUGGAUGAGACCCAGAGCGAUGCUGAAAGAUGGAGAAAAAGGGCAUUGGCUGCAGUAAGAUGCUGAUUUAUCAGCUCAAAGCUGUUCAUUUGCAGCUGGGAGAAGACAGACAGAUAGGAAACAGCAGAGAAGUAGGGACCUCGUGAGGCAGCAGCGGCGCUUUCUGUCCCUUGCUGAACACCAGCCAGAAAGAACAGGCAGAUCACUGCUUCCAGUGACCCGACAGCGGUAGCAUGAAGUCAUUACAAGGGGAAAAAGCAGAGAGAAGAACAACUUUUUUUUUCAUCUUUCCUUUUUUUCUUUAAUCUGAUGCUUCACCCACUGUGGCAACUCCGCAAUAAAGCCUUCCUUCAUAGCGCAGCACAAUAAAAUCAGCACUCCCAUUAGAAGUCUCUUUACUUCUGGAAAACAUGGUGCCCUUGGUGCUGGGGAUAUUGAAUUCAUCUAUAUUCCUGACAGCUUUUUCCAUUUUCAUUAAGUGGAAGAGGAUAUUUAGAGCUGAGCUGGAAUGGCACUUGGUUCAUUACUCAGAAGAGAGCGAAGGCGUGGGGAUGCAGGCUGCUGGCUGAGGACGUGGGGUACCUUAAUGAAGUUAAAUAAAUCCUCUGCUUCACCCCAAUGCUGCGUCCCAUCAGGAGGAGAGAAGCAGGAGGCAAAUUUCCAGUGCUGCAUCCCCAAACCUGGCUGAUUUUGCAGAAUGGGAUCCAUUUGGAUUCAAGUUAUUGUAGACACGGAUCUUUUUUCCUGAAUUACUGUUUGGUGAACUGAGGAAAAAUUUUAUGUGCUUGCCUAAAGAUGUGUCCCUUCAAAGAGGUUUGCCUUCCUGGUCCCUUCACUCUAACAGCAGUGGGCUGUUAAGCUGCCCAAUGACCUCUCAGAAGUAAAUAAUGCUGGAGCAUUGACAUAUAUUUGAGUAUUAUUUUAAAACUUUUGAAGUCCUUGGGGGCUCUGCUGUUGGACGUGGAUGAGAACAAUCUUAUUUUCACAUGGGCAUUGCAGUGGUUGCUCUGUGUUCUCUCUUGUUUCCAUAGGGGGAUAAAGGUGCCCCCAAGCACCGCGCAUCGCCUUGGCCUCCUGCAUCCCUCCUGCCCACAGGUCCCUGCAGCUCAAUUUUUCUUGCAGUGUCUGCAAUCCUAUUUCCCAAACAAAGAACCCUAAUGGCAUUCACUCAUUUUUUCUGCAUUUUGGAGAGAGCCCUGCUGGCCAUAACCACACAGCAGCCCCUGCACCGUGCCUGUUAUUCUGGUGAUUCAUCCUGUUAUCAAGGGGGUGAAGAUGCUUAUUGUUUGCCCUAAUUAGCUGGAGUGUAAAAUAGGCAGGAUGCUGUUUGAGGAUUGAUGGAGUCAAGCUGAGAGCCAGAGUGGGGAGCAGACCUCAAGGGAGGGCUUUGUGCUGGCAAAGCACCCCAGUGGAUGUGGUUUUCCCCAUUUCGUGCAGAGCAAAGAGCAAUCAGCUUUGAGUGGGUUUCCCCUCUGGAUCCACCUCCAGGAGAAUGUGGGGAAGGAAAACCAAGAUUGAGUGGUAUGGAGGUAUCUUCUGUGCAGUGGGCACUGCUGGUGGGGCUGGUGGAGCAUUUCUCUGUCCCUGAAAGGCAAAUGGAUGAACCUGAUGCUGUUUGUGUUGGCCUGGGUUUGCUUUCAGCUCACCAGGUAACACUUUUUAUGAUGUGCUUUUUCCCCUGUGGAAUCAUGGAAUCACCAAAGUUGGAAAAGACCUGCGAGAUCAUCCAGUCCAACCUGUCACCAAUAGUUCUCACCAAAAGGAGUUUGCCUCCUUUCCAUUUGGGAGUCCCCACUGAUCCCUGGUUUAAGCUGCAUGACAUCCCCAUUUGUCUUUUCCUACACUCCCCCCUUUGCAGACCCUAAUGGAUCAGCUGGGACCCAGCUCAGUGAUCAAAAGAUGUUAUUUUUUCAGCUCCCAAAGCAAUGCACUGCAGGAGAUGCCAGUGGAUGGGUGGUACAGGUAUCACCCCAAAGGAAGCAUCGGGGGAAAUCAAGUGAUGGACUUGAAUCCCUGGGCUGCUGGAAAUGCUUGUCUUCACCCUCCUUAAGAUCUAAAUUGUUGGGUUUUUUUUUCCCCUGACAGCCAAGCAGGGAAAUAACCCAAGUGGCACCUUGCUUGCAGCGUUACCCUAAUUUUAGCCAGAACGCAGACCUGUGCCACUUGCUUUGCAAUGCUCACAGUGAUAUCCAGCAUGGCCCACGGUCAGGGAAGUCAUGAGACAGACAGAGCUGUCAGCAGAUUUAGCAAAGAUCCUCCUGCUCUGUCAGCUGGCAUUACUGCAUCUCGUCCUCUCCCAUCUCUUGCUCAGGCUGGGGAGUGAGGGUGACAGCCCCUCUUGCACACAAAGACCUUUGGGGAUGGUUUGCAUGCCUGUGGUGGCUUUGACGUGUGCGUUUUGCAGGUGGUCGGCCUGGUGAUGGCGUGGCUGUAUUGGCAGAAGCUCAAUGAGAUUUACUCUCAGCUGGACACCGUGGACUUCAGGAUGCUGGAGGUGCGCGAUUUCAGCUUCGGGGCAUUGGAUCUGAGCGGUGCGGGCUGGUGCUGGUGCUUGCCCAAGGAAGGAGGAUACAUCCCCAUCAAUGCCAUGGAGGAGGAAGAGGAGGAAGAAGAGGAGGAAGGCUUGUCUGUUACAGCCAAAAGUGAGGAGCUGGAGGGCUGAAAGCAGCGGUGGAAAAAGAAGGUUGGAGUAAAACUGUCAGUGAGGCAGCUGAUGCUGAAUGUGAAAAUGUUGCAAUGUAUCCUCAGGUUCAGGAGAUCCCUUUGGGGAGAACUGCUAAGUAGCUUUGGGAGGCUGGAGCAGUGCAAUGCGUUGUGUGGGCACAUGAGCUCCCCAGGGCCCUUUUACCACAUUGCUGACUUGAAGUAUUUGUACAUCUCUUUUUUAAAAGUUUUUACACAAUAAAUGUGACUGCUGUUCUGUUUUGCAGUGUCACUGGCACUUGCUGCAUGCUGGUUGAGUUGCUGGGGGGGGAAGAAGCAUCACCAGUGCGCGUUGGGGUAUCCUUAUGUUCCUUGUUUAGCCUGACCUCCUGAAGGAUUGAGAGACCUUAUGGCUCUCUACAACCGCAGAAAGGAGAUUGUGGUGAAGGGGGUUGGCUUCUGCUCCCAGUUAGCAGAGAUAGGACAAGAGGUGACGGUCUCAGGUUGUGCCAGGGGAGGUUCAGGUUGGAUAUGAGGGCAAAUUUCUUCUCCAAAAGAUUGGUUGGGCACUGGCACGGGGUGUGCAGGGAGGUGAUGGGGUCACCAUCUGUGGAGGUGUUCUGGAACCAUGGAGAUGUGGCACUGAGGGAUGCAGUUGGUGGGCAUGGUGGGAUGGGUUGGGGUUGGAAUGAGGGAUCUUAUUGUUCUCAUCCAACCUUAACGAUUCCAUGAUUCUUUCACAGACCAAAUCUAAAGACCAGACAAGGAAAGGAUUUUUCUUUUUAACAUUCAUUGUUUUCACUGCAGCAUCUUGGUGAUCAAAGCAGCCAUUCCCUUCUGCAUUGCUCAGGAUAUAGGAAUUAAAUAUGCUGACUGGGAUAAAUGGGCCACGCUGGGAAUCACGCUUACAGAGCGAAGCCCAGGGCAGAUGGAUUGCAAAAAUAUGACUGCGUUUGUAUCAAAACAAGCCAAGAGUGAAAGCCUUGCAGAGCUCCCCUGUGCUGGUUCAGCUGUAACCCAUUGGUGAAAGCUUUGCCAUCCAUCAGCCCAAAGUCAAACACAGCUCGGUGAGUGCAGAGGAGGAGGCAUCGAUUGGAGAUGUUUUCCCCCAAGAGGAACCCAUGGGCGCCCUUAGGGCAGCGGUGGCAGCCGCAUCCAUCAAGUGGGCAAAGUCACUUCACAAGCAAAAAUGGAAAGAACAAAAAGUCUGCUCUUAAAAAUGUGGUUUUGUUUUGUUUUCUGCUGCACCCCCCAGCAAAAGAAAGGCUGCAGUUAUUAGAUGUGCUUCUUCUUAAUAAGGGCGUCUUAGAAGCCAGGAGCCAAGUUCUGUAAUGUGGGCCCCCAUUGCACUGUGCUGCACACAACUGCUGGGCUCUGUCUCCCUCUUCUGCCUGUCUUGAGACUUUUUUCCUUUAACCAGAUGAGAAACCCUCCCCACCACAAGCCUGGAAAGGGCUUUUUGCAGGUGGUUCCUAUAGAUUGCACUGAAAAUGGAGCUGUGAACCAGCAGUGGGGUUGUUGAGUGGUUUUAAAGCAAUGUGACCAACACUGUGGGAUUUCUUGCAGGUGAAGAAGGUCAAAACCUCCAGGUGCUUCCGAUCAUUUAAGGAAUAACAGGUGUUUGUCUUCAUCCAGGUAUCUCACAAGCCCCAGAGGUUUUGCUUUUUUUCUUCCUUCCUCCUCCAGUCUCUGGGGAGGCACUUAAUAAAACCAUUAUAUAUACAAGCUGAUAAAUCCAGCCUGCUCUUUGGGGCUAAUUUCCGUGUAAUAGCUGGGGAAAAUUCAUUCUGUUAUUUUUCUCUUUCUUUAUUACUGGACAAGCUGCUGCUGUUGUCUCUGUACCGUUUCCUGGCUGGGCAGAGCCUGGGAAGGCUGGAGUGCAGCACAUAGCAGGUUUUCCUACCUGGACUAACAAGAGAUGCUUUGUAGCAGGCACUGAGUGGUGGAGAUACACUGCAUGCAACGUGCAGGGAGGCUUGGCACCCUGCUCUGCUAUUCCCAUUUAGCAAACAGGGAUAAAGCAUCAAACAGACUUUGCUUCUGCUGAGACUCCAGAUGAUGCCAGAGAGGUGAGAGGAAAAGCGCUGCUAUCAGACAGCUUUAAAGCCUAAGGCAGGAUUUCUCUGCUUGCUUGCUGAACGAUGGGACUGUCUGCAGCCAAGUGUCUGAUGCUGCUUUGAUGCAGAUUUAUUGAUAUUCCUGUUAAAAGGCUGAACAGGCGUGAGCAAGCCAGGCGUUAAAUGGACUCAGGCAGGCGAGGGAGCGCCUCACCCGCUCACAAAGCCAAGAGGUUGGUUCUCUUGUGCUCAAGUUCGUGGAUAUUUCACGUGUCAAAGGCAAAACGUGGAACGUGUAUCAAAAAGGCAAAGACUUUGGUGGCACUUGGGCUGCUCCUGUGGUCCCUGAUGGGUUCAGGAGCUUUCUGCCUCUUGGCAGUGCUUCCCCACCUCCCCAAGUAAUUUCCUCAUGUUCUUUGCUGUGUGUGAGGUUGCACUGAGCCAAAGAGCAAAAGCUGUUCCUCUCCCCAUUCCCCAUCAAUCGAGGCAAAACUGAUAGGGAUCAAUAAUUAAAGAGGCAGCAAUUAACUCAGGAGAGGCAGAUCAUGGAUGGUAGAGAUUGGCAGCCAAAAUAUUGUUACAUCCCAUCUGGAAAGCAUCAUUGCACGCCACCAGGUCUCCAUGGCAUGAAUGUCACAACCUCUCUGAAGGUCUAUUUGCAUCCCAUGAUGCUUUUCUACCCCAAAAGUCAAUCAGCAUCACCCAAAAAUACAUUUUAACCUGGCAGCUACAGAACUGCAGCCAAUGGGCGUCAAUACGACGUUUGCAGGAGUGGUUUCCUCCCGAGGCAGUCCAGGCUCCUGCAUCCAUCAGCACCCACUGCAUCCCCACGCUGAGCGCAGCCCCUCCAAUUUCUGAGUGCUUCUGGAGAGCCAGAGCUCUCACCACAAGUCAGGACCAUGCUGGAGGAUGAGGAUGGGCUGAGCGAGCGGGGGCUGAGCAGCUCGAGGAGGAGAUACGACGAUGAAGAAGAUUAUCAUUCCAUCUACAUCGGGGUACCGGUGCCCCGGGGAUACCGGAGGAAGCGGCGUCGGCGGCGAUCCGCCUCCAGCCGGGACCGGACCAGCGAGAGCGAGCGGCACUACGAGCGGCAGGAGCGCUCCGACACCGACGACGGCGGCCACGGCUGCUACGAGAGCGGCAAUGAUAACGCCAGCAGGACCAUGUCUCCAGCUGCUGAACGUCUCCGUUACAUCCUGGGUGAUGACGAUGAGCCCCCCAACCCCACACUCUUCACAGAGAUGGACACACUGCAGCACGACGGGGAGGAGAUGGAGUGGAAGGAGUCAGCCAGGUGGAUAAAGUUUGAAGAAAAGGUGGAGGAAGGCGGGGAAAGGUGGAGCAAACCCCACGUGUCCACGCUGUCUUUGCACAGCCUGUUUGAGCUGCGGACGUGCCUGCAGACAGGAACGGUGCUGCUGGAUCUCGAUGGUUACUCUUUGCCCCAAAUCAUAGACGAUGUCAUUGAGAAGCAGAUAGAGGAUGGUCUGCUCAAACCUGAGCUGAGGGAAAAGAUCAGCUACGUGCUCCUCAGGAAGCACCGCCACCAGACCAAGAAGCCAAUCCACCGCUCCUUGGCCGACAUUGGCAAGUCGGUGUCCUCCAACACAAGUCGCAGCCCCGUCCGCAGCCCAGCUGCAGGUGCUGCCUUCCAUCGCUCCACGGAGGACCUUCGGAUGCGGCAGAGCGCGAGCUACGGCCGCCUGCGCCACGUUCAAAGCCGAAGCAUGAAUGAUAUCUCAGACACACCGAGCACCGACCAGCUGAAAAACAAGUUCAUCAAGAAGAUCCCCAAGGAUGCGGAGGCCUCCAACGUGUUGGUGGGAGAAGUGGAAUUCCUUGAGAAGCCCUUCGUAGCGUUCGUGCGGCUGCUCCAGGCAACCAUGCUGGGAGGGGUGACGGAGGUGCCCGUCCCCACCAGAUUCCUCUUUAUUCUCCUGGGCCCUGCAGGAAAAGCCAAAUCCUACAAUGAGAUCGGCAGAGCCAUCGCGACCCUCAUGGUGGAUGAUCUCUUCAGUGACGUUGCUUACAAAGCCCGAGAUAGAGAAGACCUGAUUGCUGGCAUAGAUGAAUUUCUGGAUGAAGUCAUUGUCCUGCCACCUGGCGAGUGGGACCCCAACAUUAGGAUCGAGCCACCCAAAAAAGUGCCCUCAGCUGAGAAGAGGAAAUCAGUUUUCUCAUUGAAUGAAGUGGGGCAAAUGAAUGGCACAGCUGGAGGGGCAGGUGCUGGGAGCGGUGGAGGAGGCAGUGAUGAUGGGGAGAUGCCCGAAGUGCAUGAAAUUGGGGAAGAGCUCGCGUGGACUGGGAGGUUCUGUGGUGGCCUCUAUUUGGAUAUCAAGAGGAAGCUUCCCUGGUUCCCAAGUGACUUCUAUGAAGGCUUUCAUAUCCAGUCCAUUUCUGCCAUCCUCUUCAUCUACCUGGGCUGCAUCACCAAUGCCAUCACAUUUGGGGGUUUGCUUGGAGAUGCAACAGACAACUACCAGGGUGUCAUGGAGAGCUUCCUUGGCACAGCAAUGGCAGGUUCCAUGUUUUGCCUCUUUGCUGGACAGCCGCUCAUCAUCCUCAGCAGCACCGGCCCCAUCCUCAUCUUUGAGAAGCUGCUCUUUGACUUCAGCAAAGGUAACGGCAUCGACUACAUGGAGUUCCGCCUCUGGAUCGGCCUGCACUCUGCCCUACAGUGCCUUAUCCUGGUGGCCACUGACGCCAGCUUCAUUAUAAAGUACAUCACCCGCUUCACAGAGGAAGGCUUCUCCACCCUCAUCAGCUUCAUCUUCAUCUACGAUGCCAUCAAGAAGAUGAUAGGGGCCUUUAAGUACUACCCCAUCAAUUCGGACUUCAAGCCAGACUAUGUGACCAUGUACAAAUGCGAGUGCGUUGCUCCUGACCCAGCCAACAUGACACUGUUCGAUGCUUCAGUUCCAGUAGCACCAAACACCACUAACGUGUCUCUGUACAAUGCUAUUAACCUCACAGCUCUGGAUUGGACUCAGCUGAGUAAGAAGGAGUGUCUCAAGUACGGCGGCAGCUUAGUGGGGAAAUCCUGUAAAUUCGUGCCCGACCUGGCCCUCAUGUCCUUCAUCCUCUUCUUUGGGACCUACUCCAUGACUCUCACCUUGAAGAAGUUCAAAUUCAGCCGCUAUUUCCCCACCAAGGUUAGGGCCUUCAUUGCUGACUUUUCCAAUGUCUUCUCCAUCCUGCUGUUUUGUGGUGUGGAUGCCUGUUUCGGCCUGGAUACCCCGAAGCUGCACAUCCCCAGUAUCAUCAAGCCCACGCGUGUGGACCGAGGGUGGUUUGUCUUUCCCUUUGGGAAGAACCCAUGGUGGGUGUACCUGGCCAGCGCGCUGCCUGCCCUGCUCGUCACCAUCCUCAUCUUCAUGGACCAGCAGAUCACAGCCGUCAUCGUCAACAGGAAGGAGCACAAGCUGCGGAAAGCAGCAGGCUACCACCUGGACCUCUUCUGGGUGGGCAUCCUCAUGGCAGUGUGCUCCUUCAUGGGGCUGCCCUGGUACGUGGCAGCCACCGUCAUCUCCAUCGCCCACAUCGACAGCUUGAAGAUGGAGACAGAGACCAGCGCUCCUGGGGAGCAGCCCCAGUUCCUGGGGGUCAGGGAGCAGAGGGUGACGGGCAUCAUUGUCUUCGUGCUCACAGGGAUUUCUGUCUUCCUGGCCCCGAUUCUGAAGCAUUUGUCCCCCUCCCCAGGAGUGAGCUGCUGCCUUCCUUGGGGUAAGGGCCGUGUUUUUCCAUGUCCCCAGUACAUCCCCAUGCCAGUGCUGUACGGUGUCUUUCUGUACAUGGGCGUCGCAUCGCUGAACGGCAUCCAGUUCUGGGACCGCUGCAAGCUCUUCCUCAUGCCAGCCAAGCACCAGCCCGACUACGUCUUCCUGCGGCACGUUCCGCUGCGCCGCAUCCACCUCUUCACGCUGGUGCAGAUCAUCUGCCUGGCCGUGCUCUGGAUCCUCAAAUCCACCGUGGCUGCCAUCAUUUUCCCUGUCAUGAUUUUAGCCCUGAUCCUGGUGCGGCGACUGCUGGACUUUGUCUUCUCCCAGCAUGACCUGGCCUGGAUUGACAACAUCAUCCCUGAGAAGGAGAAGAAGAAGGAAGAUGACAAGAAGAAGAAGAAAAAGGGCAACAAAGGGGACAGCAGCAGUGAUGAGGAGGAAAGAGGUCCCCCACCUGGAGCUCUGCGUUCUGACUCCUCUCCGAAUGGUUCUGACAUGGAUCGCAGCAUUACACUCCACCUGAAGAUUUCAUGCCCAUCAUCUCCUGCAUUUAAUUACUCCCGAAGCCCCAUCUGUGCUGUGCCCCAGGUGAAGAUAGAGAUGGAGUCAGACUAUGAGGACACCGACACCGAAAAGGCACCGCGGGACAUGGGCAGUGAGACCACGCUAUAGUUCCCUGCAGUGCUUCCUCUAAUUUAUAUAUAUAUAUAGAUAUUUAUAUAUUCAUAUAUAUAUAUAAAGCAAAUUGGACAUAUUUUUCUACAUGAGACUGAGGAGAGCGCUGGCCCCCGAGGCUGCUGCUCCUGUAGUUCUUACCGCUGUCCCAUUUCCUCCCUUUCUGUUGGGCGAAGGCACCGGCGCUGAUGGCAAAACGGGGCUCAAAAUGUGGAAAUGAGCAUUUUUGGCCUCUGAACCACAGCUGGGCUGGAGAAGCCAAAGGCAGCUGGGGGUGGUGCUGGGGACCGUCCCAGCCAUCCCAUCAGGGUCCUGCUGUAGGGGAGGGGUUCUCCUGCCCAGGGGGGCUCAGCACAGAGGCAGGGGAUGAGGAUGCAUUGGAGGCUGAGGACUGGCAGGAGGAGGGAAAGCUCAGGAGCUGCAGUGCCUGAGGUUGGGUGUGUUGUGGGAGCACAGAGCUUGAUCACUGCUGCAGAGAACUGGGAAUGCUUUCCAUAAGGAACUGGGCAGCAGAGCUGAGCACGGCCAUGCCUGACCCCGUGUCACUGCCCCAGCAAGGCGCAGUGCUGGGUCCCAAAAUCCAGUAACGGGGCAGGAGCCGUUGCUGCACCCAGCCAGGCCCUUCCUGCACCUUCUCCUUGCCCCAUACACACCAAGGAGCCUCCCAGCUCCUGGACAAGGGAGUCUGCACUCCUCAAGCUCCUCCACCCCCAUUACACACACAUGGUUUAACAGCAAACACCCCCCCACGGAACCCCAGGAUGGGGCUUCUUCUGCCUUUAUUUUAAGGCUGUAAAAAGCCCUCUCUCUUCCCCCAGGCAGAAACAGCCUACCUGGUAUUUAUAGGAGCUCUGUGCUCUUGUCAGCCAGCAGUUCCUGGGACACUGACUAAAUAUUGCACCUGGUCUGAACCUCCACGUGGGACAGCCCAGUUCUUUGUAAAUAGUCAAGUCAAACAAGAAGGACUUGAAUGCAAUUUCAUGUUUAUAGCAGCGUUUUUCUGGUCCAAGAACACCUAUGGAACCAUGGUGAGCUUAAUAAGACAGCAUUACUCUGGUCACCACUUUAGCUUGACGUUAACAUUAAGAGCUAUUGCAGCUUGGGUGCACCGUGUCUAUUUUUUAGUAUUUUGUACCAAUCUCAUGCGUGGUAGCUGAAGCAUGGCACAGGUAGGUUUCUGCUUGUAAUCACUGCACCGUGGUUAAUUUGCUUUAUCCACUAUGUCAGCUCUACUGCACAGCAGCCCUGGAAAGGCUUCAUGGACUCUGGGGGCUGUUCCAUAGGUCGCAGCUGAAGCCUCAGCUCAGAUCCUUCUAGAACACAGCUUGUUUCGAUUUAUCCAUUUUGCAAGUCUCACACAUGGUUUAUACUUUUUGUAUAUGAAAUACUGGAGCGUCACAGAUUUGCCAGCCCCGUUACAGUACUACUUUUAGCCAUUUUGUAUUUACCAGUGAUACAAUCCAAUAAAUCUCACUUAAAUUA